UCAACCGGGCAUAGUGCUUUUGGAAAUUCUACUCAUUCUUCAAAUUAUAUGUCUGGAAAUUCUUCAAAUCAUAUGUCUGGAAAUUCUUCAAACCAUAUGUCUGGAAAUUCUUCAAAUCAUAUGUCUGGAAAUUCUUCAAACCAUAUGUCUGGAAAUUCUUCAAACCAUAUGUCUGGAAAUUCUUCAAAUCAUAUGUCUGGAAAUUCUUCAAACCAUAUGUCUGGAAAUUCUUCAAACCAUAUGUCUGGAAAUUCUUCAAAUCAUAUGUCUAGAAAUUCCUCAAAUCAUAUGUCUGGAAAUUCUUCAAAUUAUAUGUCUGGAAAUUUUUCACAUGGAAAUAUGACAGGAAGUUCAAAUACUACAUCAGGCUCAACUUCGAAUGCAGGGACCUCAAACGUUCAAAAUGGAACUGGUACGACUAACGGAUUAAAUGGUGGAUCUUUACACAAGGGGUCUUGCUGUAAUAAAGAGUACAAUUGUCAACAAUAUCCAUGUCUGAUAUUUGAUGAUGAGUUUGAUAUUUUGAACCACUGCGUUUGGGAACAUGAAAUAACAGCUGGUGGUAACAGGGAUUCAGAAUUUCAAUACUACACAAACAACAGGACUAACAGCUAUGUCAGAAACGGUAUCUUGUAUAUCAAACCAACUUUGACCUCUGACCAUUACGGGGAGAGUUUUCUGACAUCUGGAACACUGGAUCUUUGGGGUGGAUUUAAUGAUGAAGAAUGUACCAGUAAUGCAUAUUCCGGAUGUAAGAGAACCGGAAGUGUUGCCCAUCCAAUAAAUCCCAUUCAGUCGGCUCGAUUACGUAGUAAAAGAGGAUUUAGCUUUAAGUAUGGGAAAGUUGAAGUCGAGGCCAAAAUGCCAAAAGGAGACUGGAUAUGGCCUGCGAUCAAGAUGUUGCCGAAAUGGAACGCCUACGGCAGAUGGCCUGCGUCCGGUGAAAUGGAUAUAGUAGAGGCAAGAGGAAACAUGAAUUAUAAAGAUUCGAAUGGAGUAACAAAAGCUGUUGAUAGUAUUCAAAGUUCUAUUCAUUUUGGACCUGGUACACAACUUGGUCAAACCGCCAACGUAUCUGUUGAGAAGAUACUAACCUCCAGCACUUUUGCAGACAAAUUCCAUAAAUUCGGUAUGGAAUGGGAUGACAAACACAUAAGUUUUUCUGUCGAUGGUGUCGAAAUUUUGAAAAGAGAACAAAAUCAAGUUGGAUUUUGGGGAGUGGGAGGAAUUAACUCAACGGGGCUGACAAACCCUGGUCAUGCUUAUGUCGGAGGAUCACCCAUGGCGCCUUUCGAUCAGGAGUUUUACCUCGUUUUGGAUGUUGCUGUUGGUGGAACUUCUUUUUUUCCAGACCCGUGGAUGAAUAUGCCAUAUCCCAAACCUUGGCGUGAUGCGUCGGAUUUCGCUGUUAGAGAUUUUAGGCAGGCAAGACAUUUGUGGCAUCCGACAUGGAGUCCACAAAUAAACAAUGGAGAAAAUGCUGCUCUACAAAUUAAUUAUAUCAAAGUAUGGAAGAUGAAAUAAUAAAUAAAAAAAUUGAGUGUUCA